GACGAACAAGAGGCAGGGACAGAGAUACGAGCAGUAUAUCGCCGGAAUAAAUAAGCCGAGAAAGCACGCUAAGGGCGAUCCCGAACCGGGCAGGCUCGCCGGCGUCUCAGUCAUGCCAUACGACGGCGGCUACCCACAACAACGGCCCUACAACGGCCCAGCUGCGCCACGCCCGCCCCCGCAGCGACAAUAUCCUCCCGGCCCCAACGGACCGCCUGGUCGACAGUUCCAAGGGCCGCCUGCCCAGAACUAUAACUCACCUCCGCAAGCCUACGAUCAGCAAUACCAGGAUGGAUACGGCGGCUAUGAUGAUUAUGGUGGUCGUGGUGGGGGUUACGGUCCCGAGUAUGACCAGCAGUACGACGACAUGAACUAUCAGCGAGGGCCACCUCAGAACUACCCACCGCAUGAUCAAUACGGCCCUGGGCCUGGGCAUGGACCUAUGGGACCUGGGCCAGGGAGGGGUAGGCCGAUGCAAGGCCCUGGGGGACGAGGAGGUAUGCCGCCGCGAGGACCUAUGCCGCCUCGGGGCGGUGGACCUGGGCCUGGGCCAGGUAGAGGAGGAUUUCAGAACGGCCCUGGGCCUGGUCGUGGGGGACCAAACCCUCUUCAGCGCUCUGCAACAGCGGAUCCGUUCGGUCGUGGCAGCGCACGCGGACCCAUGCUUAGCCCCCAGGAGAUGGGCUUUGGGGGCGCUUUCCCUGCUUUCCCUGGCCAGCGCAGAAGAACGGAAAUCGACGACGAGAACCAGAUUCUAGAGAAAAUGGGUGGGAUGUCUAUCCAGGAUCGCACAGGGCUAGGAGAUGCGCCGCCGCCACCAGCAAACAGGGGUGGCCCUAUGGGUCAGCCUGGUCCCAACGAUGGGCCAAGAGGUCCGCCGCAGCGAGGCUUCAGCCAAGAUCGUGGAUAUCAGGGACAGCGUGGACCGCCAGGUCCAGAUGAGGGCUUUGGUCCUCCCGCAGAUUUCAGGGACGAGUUUGGACCUCCGCAACGAACCAUGACCAUGCCCAACGAUCCACGAGGGGCCCCUGGUCCGCGUGGCCCUCCGCCCCCGCGCGCCGAAACUGCUCCCUUCCCUGGACCAGGGCCUGGACCCGGACCCGCACCCGGACCGGCAGGUCGGGGUAUGGGAAUGGCUCUACCGGUUAGACCAUCAACGGCACAGGGAAUGCGCGGUCCACCAAGGGGCUAUCCGGGCAACGGCAUGCCCCCGCCCCAGGCUCCGCUGCGGGAAGACGGGCAGUUCCAGCGAGGCCCUGAAGAUCCUAGCGAUGGCUAUGGCCAGCAAGCCCAGAGGCCAGUCUCUUUUGACGAUUUUUACGACUACUACGACAACCCUCCCCAACAACAACAACAGCAGCAACUACGAAACGACAGCAUCGCCGAAAUUCCCGACUUUAAUCGAUCGGCCCAGCAUGUGCGCAACGGCUCGAUAGACCAACACAUGCGCCAGCCUCCUGGAGGCCCACAAGAGCGUGGAGGCCCAGACAGACAGCCUGAUCUCAACAGGACCAAAUCACAGCCAGACCUACGGCAGCCUCAAGCAGCUGUCUUUGAGAUGGUAGGCGAAGUGCCCCCGAUUCCCAAUCAGUAUAAGCCGUACCAGGCUGGUCAACCUAAUGGCCCUGGUCCUGGUCCUGGUCCCGAUGGAUAUGACCAAGGCUACGAUCAGGGAUACGAUCAGGGAUACGACCAAGGAUACGAUCAAAGAAUGCCCGGCGGCCAAGGCCUUCCGAUGGGCCCUGCGCCUGUCCGACACGGCAGUGGCGCAUCGACACAGUCUGCUCCCCUUCCUGGUCAAAAUCCAGACACACUUCCCUCUCACCCGGCUCCUAUCCGACCUGGAUUGAUGCAGAACUCGGUGGCAAAUCAGAUGAUGAACAAGCCUCCACCCGUCCGGCAUUAUAACAACGCACCGCCAAUGAACUCUAGCAUGUCCGCUCCUCCUGUCUCUCAAAUUAGCGCCCCCAUGGCGCCACCACAGGCAGAGCCGCAAACACCGGUCACUGUUGAGGAGCUUGAACACCUCAGGGCGGUCAUCAAGACAGACCCCAAUGACCAAAAUUCGGCGCUCAGGUUGGCUAAGCGACUGGUCGAAGCCAUGGAUGUUUUGGUACCCAACAUACCCGAUCCUAGGGGACGGCAAAAGUCGCGCGAGCGAUAUGCAAACGACGCGCAUAAGAUACUCAAGAAGCUUUGCCAUGCACAAAACGCAGAAGCUAUGUUUUUUAUGGCCGACUGCCUAGGCCGGGGUGUCUUCGGACCGGAGCCUGACAACAAAGAGGCAUUUACCCUAUACCAGUCCGCCGCCAAACUGGGCAACGCAGCUGCGGCAUACCGAACAGCUGUUUGUUGCGAAAUCGGUCACGAGGAAGGUGGCGGAACUAGGAAGGAUCCGCUCAAGGCAAUCCAAUGGUACAAGCGUGCGGCCAUGCUGGGCGACACGCCUGCCAUGUACAAGGUAGGUAUGAUUCUGCUCAAGGGUCUUCUUGGACAGCAGAAGAAUCCCCGCGAGGCGGUGGGCUGGCUGAAGCGGGCGGCAGAGCGCUCGGAUGCCGAGAAUCCACACGCGCUGCACGAGCUGGGUCUUCUGUACGAGAGUGCGCAGCCUAACGACGCAAUCGUGCGAGACGAAGGCUAUGCUUUUAGCCUCUUCACUCAGGCAGCGGACCUGGGAUACAAGUUCAGUCAGUUCCGGCUUGGAGCGGCAUACGAGUACGGUCUCAUGGGGUGCCCAAUCGACCCGAGGUCCAGCAUCAUGUGGUACAGCAAGGCGGCGACGCAGGAGGAGCAUCAAUCGGAGCUGGCGCUGUCAGGUUGGUACUUGACAGGAUCCGAAGGAGUCCUGGCUCAGAGCGACACCGAGGCGUAUCUAUGGGCGCGAAAGGCGGCUCUGGCAGGUUUGGCCAAGGCCGAGUAUGCCAUGGGUUACUUUACCGAGGUCGGCAUUGGCGUCCCUGCUAACCUGGAGGAUGCCAAGAGGUGGUAUUGGAGAGCUGCUGCCCAGGAUUUCCCCAAAGCCCGUGAACGGCUGGAAGAUCUCAAGCGGGCUGGCAAGAACGGUCAGAUGCGACAGCGGGAACGUAUAUCUCGAAGCACACCGAAGCAGGAGGGCGAAUGCGUGGUCAUGUAGGACGCAUCAGUCGGAACCCUGAAAGCAAAAGGGAAAAGAGGCGACGCGCUGAUUUUUUUCUUGACCCCCGUGUCAUUUCCUCCCACGUUAUUUCAAUGAAGGGAAUCUUAUGAGCCAAAGGAUUUUAUAUUUGUUUGGAGUGUAUGCGUCCCAUUUUUUUGAAUUUGAUCAAGGGAGUCAUGGUUAUGGGAAAAAGAGGCUUUCCUGUUAUGUUUCUUUCUGGCUCCAAAAGAGAUUUGAAAUCCUUUGGAUUUUGCGUAUCUGCAUGAGACAAGAUAAAGAUGAAAGAGAGGGAGAGGACGGAUAACCCUUUUUCUUAUGUUAUAUUUUAUUUUUCUUUUCUUUUCUCUUCAAUGAUGGAAAGACGGGGGCAGCACACCGGCUAAUCAUGUACGUUUUAUGGUAUUUCUUUCCGGUCUAUUCUUUUGAGUAGCAUAGACUUUUGGCAGUCUGGCGUAAUAUUCCCUAGGG